CAAGCACCCCAAUGCUUGCGCUAAAAGACUUCUCAGCCUUAUGGAAAAAAAGAAGACCAAUCUUUCAUUGGCUCUUGAUGUCACCACGAAAAAGGAAUUGCUAGACAUCGCUGACAAAGUUGGACCUUACCUCUGCCUUCUCAAGGUCAGUAGAAUAUGCUGAUUAACGCACAAUUGUAUCUUAUUAUCUUUUUUACACAAUCGCUGAUGCGCUUGUUCCAGACUCAUAUUGACAUUGUGGAUGACUUUGAUCAAGAUUUGAUCGAGCAGCUGUUGGUAUUGGCGAAGAAGCAUGAUUUUAUGAUCUUCGAGGACCGAAAGUUUGCAGACAUUGGCAACACCGUCAAACAUCAAUAUGGCAACGGAAUCUAUCGCAUCGCCUCUUGGUCUGAUAUCACGAAUGCCCAUGGUGUUCCUGGAGAAGGAAUCAUUACUGGGUUGAAGGAAGUCGGUCUUCCAUUGGGUCGUGGUCUACUUCUUCUCGCAGAGAUGUCAAGCAAGGGUGCUUUGACCUAUGGUGAAUACACCACUCAGACUAUCGAAAUGGCCCGAAGGAACCAAGAUUUCGUCAUGGGAUUCAUCACUCAGCGUUGCAUUAAUGAGCACCCCGACGAAGACUUCAUCGCCAUGUCUCCUGGUAUUGGUCUUGAUGUUACUGGAGAUGGACUUGGCCAACAAUAUCGCACACCUCGACAAGUCAUCGUUGAAAGUGGAUGUGAUUUGAUUAUCGUUGGUCGCGGUAUCUACGGUAAGGGUCGUGAUGUCCAAGCAGAAGGUCGCCGUUACCAGGAAGCUGGCUGGUCUGCUUAUCAGGAGAGAAUCAGCCAAUAAGUGCUGCUACGUCGAAAAAUACAUUUCUUUCAUUUACAUUAAAUGCAUUAAAAACCCCAUUACAUAUCCACUACAUUUUUUUUUUGCCAACGAUUAUGCCUAUGUUCUGAGCUACCUCAGCAGCGCAAUAUAUUUAAUAAUGUCUAACACUGUCUACGUACCCUUGAAUGGACCAGGGAUUCAGACUAUUUACACAAUUCU